AUGGCUUCUCUAUCUAGCCAGGACAUGGUGCUCACACCAACCAAAAGUGAAGAAUCUACUGAUUCAAAAGACUCGAAAAAAGAUUUUUCGUUACUCUCUAUCUGUGCGGUAGGAAUUGUUACUGGUAACACCUGGUCGGCAUUAGGUAGCUCAAUUGUGGUCGCCAUUUUCAACGGGGGACCUCCGGGUAUCAUCUUUGAAUUUAUAGCUGUCUCAAUUUUCUAUGGUUUUGUAGCUGCAUCGAUUGCAGAACUCGCUUCUUCGAUUCCCAGCAGUGCCGGGAUAUACCAUUGGGCUUCGGUUACGCCUGGGCCUAGAUAUGGCCGUAUUUUCGGGUGGUUCGCUGGAUGGUGGAAUACAUCGGCUUGGAUAUGCGCAACAGCCAGUGUGUCCAGUAUUUUCGGGCAGAUGGCUGUUACACUGUACUCCAUAUACCAUCCCGACUAUGUAAUGCAAAGAUGGCAUAUUUUAGUUGGGUACCUGGUAGCCACUUGGUCGUCUUGUGGAUUUGUUUUAUUCGCCGACAAAGCGUUGCCCUUGAUAAGCAAUAUCGGAUUAUUUUCCGUUUUAAUCGGGGUGACGACAUCCAUAUUGAUCUGUCUUAUUACACCAAGUCAAUCCGACUCUGGCUUUGCCUCGUCUGCCUUUGUUUGGGAGGACUGGAUUAACAACACUGGCUAUGAAAGUAAUACUUUCGUUUUUCUAAUGGGUAUGAUCAAUGGAGCAUUCGCGGUCGGCGGAGUCGAUGUUGUAACCCAUAUUGCUGAGGAAAUUCCGGACCCUAAACGUAAUAUUCCCUUAGCAAUGGCAGCUGCGGUAGUCUUCGGCUUCGUCACUGGUCUUGCCUAUCUAAUCACUAUUUUAUAUGCGAUUAGUGACAUAGAAGCCGUGUUAUCUACGCCAUUUAUGCCAGUCAUGGUAAUAUACUUACAAGCCACGUCUUCCAGACUGAUUACUAUCUUUCUUCUAUUGCUUAUCAUCAUUCCUGGUUUUUGUACUAGUAUUGGAAUAUACAUAACCGCUGGUCGGUCUGUGUGGGCUAUGGCGCGAGAUGGCGCCGUGCCCUAUUCGAGCAGCUUAGGAAAAAUAUCACCACGCUACAAAAAUCCUUUCAACGCUACAUUAUUCUGCGGUAUAAGCACUAGUAUACUGGGUAUAAUAUACCUCGUCUCGAACCAGGCCUUCAAUGCAUUUGUCGGCUCAUUUAUAGUGCUCUCAACAUUGUCAUACAUCACUGCUAUUCUACCGUUUAUUAUGACUGGCCGCUUUUCUAACCUAAAUAAAAAUAAAAUGGUUCCUGGGAAUUUCGAAAUGAGUCCCACCCUCGGCUACAUGGUUAAUAUUGUGAGCUGUCUUUACAUGGCAAUAUCUAUCAUAAUAUAUUGCUUCCCUUCAACCAAAACUUUCACAUUGUUAACAAUGAACUAUACCAGUGUUAUCGUUGGCCUUGUCACACUCAGUGCGACUAUUCUAUGGAUAAUCAAGGGCUCUGCUUACAUUGGCCCGCAAGGAUUAGAUGAAGCCAGUUUAUCGCUUAGUUCCUCGGCAGAUGAGAAGGAGUUGAAAAUUUAA